AUGUCUAAGUGGGAACCUGUCACAUUUGAGGAAUCUCUUAGCUUUGUUAAGAGAGUUAAGGCCCAUGACUACUUGUUAUACCUGUCACUGCUCAAUGUGCUCACCCGGAGUGAUCAGAUCCCUCUGGAAGCUUACAACGAGCUUUUACUUCUUUUCCGGGAUCACGGAGACCUGCUAGAGGAGCUAGGGAAGUUCAGACCCCUCCCCUCUUUCCCAAGCACUGUGUACAGCCACAACACAAUCUGGAUGUUCAUAUUCCUUAUGCCCUUUCUGCUCCUGAGCCUUCUCCUCGCGUUUGAGAAGCCGUUGGAUAGCUUCCUUCUCCGAUAA